GUUCGAGGCCGAUGAAUUCAAGGCUCUGCUAAACCAAGCGACCAACGGUUUCGCUAUUCUGAUUCUCCCGGCUUGCCGUCCCAUUCCGAUUGCUAAGGCAACCAACGACAAACACUGGUCUUCACGCCUCACGCACACAAACACCCCGCUGUUCACCUAGGCGACCCGGGAAAAGGCCUUUGCGGCGCUGUUGAGGCGGGGUUUUGUUAUUUCUCCCGUCUCCCGCUUCCCACAGUCAAGUAGCCGCGAGUUGAGGCAAAAAAAAAAAAAAAAAGACCGGCAGGAGUGCGGUGUGAUAGAAGCCUAGUGAGAGACAAUGUCCAUUCCAUUCUCCAACACCACCCAACGCAUUCCUCCAGGAUUUGCAAAUCUGCUCGAAGGGCUUGCCAGGGAAGUCUUGAGGAGCCAGCCAGCAGAUAUACCAAGCUUUGCAGCCAAGUAUUUUGAAACUCUCCUCAUUGAAAGAGAAAAAACUGGGUAUGAUGCAAGUGAAUGGGGAGCAAAGAUAGAGGACCGAUACUACAAUAACCGUGCCUUCAAUGAACUUGCACCGCCAGGAGGUGGUGACAAAACAGAGGAGAAGAAGGAAGAACCCAGUCCACAGCCAGAGGACACAGUGGAGAAACCAACAACUGGAGAAAGUGCUCUUACCCUAACAGAAGAACAAGCUGCUACAAAAAUUCAAGCCAUUUAUAGGGGAUACAAAACAAGGAAAGACACGAAAAAUGAUGAACUGGAAGAAGGGAAGGAAGCUGAGAAGGAAACAGGGAAGGAAGAAAAGCCAAGUGAACCUGAAAAAAAAGAGCCGCAGUAAUCCAUCACAGCAACCCUGCCAACAGUCAAGUUUGAGAAGUGGCUUAACACAAAGUCCCCUUGGUCUGCUUUAGAAGCAUGUGUCAAGUUUAUUAAAUAAAUGCUAAACUGUAAAAAAGCACCCAUGUUAUUCCUGGUGCUCAUUAGCAGAUCAACAACCUGAAUCUGUUUUAAGGCACAAGUUCAUUUUCUACUAAUGGGCAGCUCCUAACUGACUGGGCAUACUGAAAUUCCUGCUACUCUACCUUUUCAGCUGCGUUGAAGAGCAAAAUGAUCUUAUGGUUCUGAUAGUAUUUCAGUUGAUAAGCUGCAUGUGGUUCUCUGCAUGUAAAGUACAGGUCAGACCAUUAGCACUGUUAUGAACUUUGUAGCCUGCAUACACCGCUCUCUCUAUUAUGCUGUCUCCUAUUAUGGUUAUGUUCAUAGAUUCCAUAUGGUCUUGGUGCCUCAGUGGCUGGACUGGGAAUCUAUAGUGUGUGGUGGAGGUUUUUAUAUAUAUAUGAAAGUGCAUGCACUUUUUGACUUGUGUAAAAUUUUUCUUUGAAUCUGAACCACACAGAUCAAAAAUAUCACGGGUUUUGGUAGGUACUUUAACAUAACUUCUAGUAGUAUUCAGUUUCAACACAAAGAGUGAUUUUCAAUUUUAACACUGUUCCUUCCAUCCCUAGAACCUGGGGCUGGUUCAAGAUUUAAGCAUACACACUCAUUAGUCAUGAUUCCAUAGCAGUCAAAAAGAAGGGAAGAAGAUGCGGGUCUGCGAUGGUCCAUUCCUUAAGUCUGAAAAGAAGUGCAUUUGUCUAUUUCAUUUUCUUUUCUCAAUUCUUUUCUGUCCUUAGACAUUUUCAGUCCUUGGCUCCUUCCCCCUCUUGGCUUUUGUUUCACCAGUCUUGUUCUGGUCUGGACUUUGUCCUCUGUAGUCAUUUUUGAAAGGGGGUCAGGGUUGCCUCUUAAGUCACUUGACCUUGUCAAUUCACUAGAAGUCAUUCAUUGGUGAUCACUCGUGACCGAGUAAGGUUGUCUUCCAAGAUAAGGUUUAACAGUGGGUCCGUAAGUGACUGUGGAGGCCAAUCCUAGAUCCACACAGCCUCCCACAGUGAGGACAUAGGUUUCCAAACGGAAGACUUUCGCAAUGAGGAUUUGCUUGACGUGCUUUCCGCUUAGCUCGUUUGUCCCUUUCGCCCUGUACUCGUGCUUCUUGAAGUCCAUAGCACCUUUGAUAAUAGCCGAUAUCCAAUGGGCCAAAACUUCCCAGGUCUCGAUGCUCAUGCUACAUUUUUUAGAUUAUCUUUAAGAAUAUCUUUAAACCUCUGUUGCUGUGCACCGAUAUUCUGUUUUCCAUCCUUAAGUUGGGAGUAAAGUAGCUGUUUUGGAAGACGGUCUACUAGAAGUACAUCCCUCUGUCUUCAGUGGAGCUUACUCAUUAGUAAGAGUGUUUUAAGAUUGUGGCUUCAGUCUGGUUAGGGAAGUUACUGAGUUAUUGUGUGCUUAUAGUUUUUGUAUUUGUGCUUGCUGUCUUGUGAAGAAAGGUGGGAUAUAAAUUUGUUAAAUAAAUGAAAUCUUUAUAUAUUUUGCAUAAUUAUAAAGAUUUGGUAAAAGCCAAAGGACAGCAUUCUGUUUGUUAUUAUUUUAAAACAGGCAGAAAUGCUCAGUUCCCAUCAGAGAAUUAUGGCCAGGCUAGACAAGAAGAGAAAUGCAUGAUCGCAUUUCCAUCUUAUAGAUAAAUAUUUUAAAUAGCAACCAUGGGGGAUACAGGGCAUGCAGAUAGACUGUGGCAUGGGGUUAACCCUUCUCUCCCCCUCGCCCUUUUUCUCAACCAAAAUAAUUUCCUCUGAAGCUGCUAUUUGCCCUGGGAGGAAAGACCUGAAUGUCCCCAUGCAUCCAACGUUUUAAUUCCAUACUUAACCUAUUUAUUUUAAAAAUGCUUUUUUUUGCCUUGUACUUCUUUUGAACCUAGCACCUGUUGAUAAUUCCUGUAUAUAUCAUCUUGUACUUUCCUGGUUCCUUUUAUUUAUCUGAAAAUCUGUAACAAAGCCAUUUUAAUAUUUUUAUCCCAGAUAAAAGACAGAAAAUAUUUACCUAGUACAUUCUGUAAACAUGUUGGCAGUGUUACUCAAUGUUCUUGGUUCGAAGCUAGAAGAAAACGUUGCUGCAUUAUUUUUACACCGAUGAUUACGUAACUGGCAUUCAUCAUUCUGGACUGGAGUCACAAGUACUAAUACUGUGUUAUUAGUUGUUAAUAAAACACAACCAGUAAAUGGUGCUUUAGUGGGGGUAGGUGAGCUGCUGCAACCCUCCCCCUCAUUGUUUGCUUCUGGCAACCAACAUAGCCCUUUGUUUUCAGGUGUUAUAAAAAGUCAUUGUCUUUAAAAACACUAGACACAAUUUUUCUCCCUUCAGUGACCCGUAUAGCACAUGUCAAAUCUGUAUAUAAAAAAUGGUGCAUGUUUGCACACGUAUAUAUCAAGAUUUGUUAAUCUGAUCCUCACCCAAUUUUCAGGGUAUAUUUAGCAUACACCAAGGAAGGUUUCUAUCCCAAAAUGCAGAGGUGUUUAUUGUGGAAUGUGGUAGGGGCAGGGCUUGUGAAAUUAAAGGCAAACCAGUUAGUAAUUCAUAUAUUUAAGCAAGUGCUAUGUACAAAUAUCUGUAUGCUGCCCAUCCAAGAACAUAGUUCUAGGCAUUUCAAGUUUAUUAAUGGAAAAAGUGUGUGUUGGAAUACUUUGGAUCUAAAGAACAGCUGGAUUUUAUAGUUUUCAAAGAGGGGAAUAUGCCAUUGUGUGUUUCAUUUUCCCAGUAUCCCUAGGUGUAACCUGCAUGACAUCU